UGGGCGAGCAGCGAGGAUGGAGGAGAAGGUCUUCACCAAGGAGCUCGACCAGUGGGUGGAGCAGCUGAACGAGUGCAAGCAGCUCUCCGAGGGCCAGGUGAAGAGCCUCUGCGAGAAGAGAGAAGAAAAGGGAUCACUUUCAGUAUUAUCAGCAUAUAUUGCAGUCAAGGCAAAGAAUAACAGAUGGGUGUAGGAGGAAUCACCUUUAGUGUAAAGAACAGUCAGAAAUCUAAGGCAAAGUGCUUAAGAGGCUAAAGAAAUCUUGACAAAAGAAUCAAAUGUGCAAGAAGUACGGUGUCCAGUCACAGUUUGUGGAGAUGUCCAUGGACAAUUUCAUGAUCUCAUGGAACUUUUCAGAAUUGGAGGAAAAUCACCAGACACAAAUUACUUAUUUAUGGGGGAUUAUGUUGACAGGGGAUAUUACUCUGUUGAAACCGUAACACUUCUGGUAGCUCUCAAGGUCCGUUAUCGUGAACGCAUCACUAUUCUUCGAGGGAACCAUGAAAGCAGACAGAUCACACAAGUAUAUGGCUUCUAUGAUGAAUGUUUAAGGAAAUAUGGAAAUGCAAAUGUCUGGAAAUACUUCACAGACCUUUUUGACUAUCUUCCUCUAACUGCCUUGGUGGACGGACAGAUUUUCUGUCUACAUGGAGGUCUUUCCCCAUCUAUAGAUACACUGGAUCACAUCAGAGCACUUGAUCGUCUGCAAGAAGUUCCACAUGAGGGUCCAAUGUGUGAUUUGCUGUGGUCAGACCCAGAUGAUCGUGGCGGUUGGGGCAUUUCUCCUCGAGGUGCUGGUUAUACUUUUGGACAAGAUAUUUCAGAAACCUUCAACCAUGCUAAUGGCCUUACACUGGUCUCAAGAGCUCAUCAGUUGGUAAUGGAGGGUUACAAUUGGUGUCAUGAUCGGAAUGUAGUAACCAUUUUCAGUGCUCCAAAUUAUUGCUACCGGUGUGGUAACCAAGCUGCAAUCAUGGAACUUGAUGAUACUCUAAAAUAUUCAUUUUUGCAGUUUGAUCCAGCGCCACGCAGAGGUGAACCACAUGUUACUCGUCGCACCCCAGACUACUUCCUGUAACGAGAUUUUACACUUGUACAGUAUUGCCAUGAACCAUGUGUUGACCUAAAGGAUAUGGGAAGAGCAACAGUAACUCCAAAAUGUCAGAAAACAUUUAACAUUGAAACCUGUUUUCACAUGGACCAAAAGAUGUGCCAUAUUGAAAUACAAAGCCUCUUGUCUGUCAGCGACUGUGACCACUUUAGAAUGAACCAGUUCAUUGCAUGCUGAAGCAACACUGUUGGUCAAGAAACCAGUUUCUGGCAUAGCUCUACUUGUAGUUACUUUUGCUUUCUCUGGGAGACUGCAAAUAUUAAGAUGUAGACAUUUAACACCUUGUGAAAACAAUUAACUUUCCAUUUAGCUAUAGCUUUCCAGCAUGACUGUAGAUAAGGAUAGCAAACUAUCAUUGAAGCUUAAUGAACAUUUUAAAUAAGUACCAAGACCGAUUUUCUUAUUUGUGUUCUGAUUUUUUUUCCAGGGAAAACUGUUUAAUUUAAUUGUAUGGUUGUUUUGUCUGCACUCGGUUCCCCCACAUUCUUCCCUCACACUUCCCUCUAUAUAAUGUCCUGUGUACUUGUCCAUCAUAGUGAAUUAUUUUGAACAGAACAGGUUUUUUUCUGUAAGAUGUUGCUGCAGAAGUGUUGCAGCAUUUUUUUCAUAAUAAACUUGUGAACUAAUAAUGGAAGAUAGUUGACUUUUAAAUAUAUUGCAGGUUCAUACCAUGUUGUGUUUAAUAAAAAGUAGCUUUUAUGUCUCUUUGAACCUA